UGUUUCACUAAGGACAGUGAGGACUGAGCAUUGCUACAAUACUUAUAAACGCUGUUGCAGCGACCGACGAGUCUUGUGUGUGACCUCAAAACCCUGCCGUCAGUCACCGUCUUCUCUGCCGCCAUGAAGCUCGUCAGGUUUCUGAUGAAGCUGAACAACGAAACCGUAUCAAUCGAGCUCAAGAACGGCACAGUUGUUCACGGCACCAUUACAGGUGUUGAUAUCAGUAUGAAUACACAUUUGAAAACAGUUAAACUAACUCUGAAAGGGAAAAACCCAGUUACUUUGGAUCAUCUCAGUGUGAGAGGCAACAACAUUCGAUAUUAUAUCCUUCCUGACAGCUUGAAUCUUGAGACUUUACUGGUUGAAGAGGCUCCUAAGAUCAAGCCUAAGAAGCCAACUGCUGGGAAGCCUUUGGGGAGAGGGCGGGGACGAGGACGUGGGCGUGGCCGUGGUCGUGGUCGUUAAGAUGCACAUCACAAAAUUUGUGGCAUUUGCUUGUACCAUUAUUGUAGGGAAUUUUUCUGAGAAGUUUUGAAGACGUUGUAGGAGUGCUGUUGUUAGUUAAUCAUGCAGACUUUGUUCAUGUUGCCAUUUUCUUGCAUCAAUGCUUUGAAGUUCUCGUGUAUAAUUCCUUCCUGUUGGAUAAUUGUCAUAUCUCUAAAGUCUCUUCUGAAAGAAACUGCCUAUGUAUGUGUAGUGUCAUAUGAUGAAGUUAUAGGAAUUACUGAUGAUAGCCGUUGUUCGUAGUGGUUGUGUUAAUUGAAGACUUUUACAUA